AAUUUCAAUUUGACAGUAUUGUAGACUUUCUCGUCGAACAGAAGACCACCACUGUCUCUCUCUCUCUCUAAAACUCUUCUCUUUCUCUCUCUAAAGAUAAUGGCUCGAGCUGGGGGAAUAACGAACGCAGUGAACGUUGGGAUAGCAGUGCAAGCAGAUUGGGAGAAUCGAGAGUUCAUAUCUCACAUAUCCCUCAACGUCCGUCGUCUCUUCGACUUCCUCGUCCAAUUUGAGGCUACAACAAAGAGCAAAUUAGCAUCAUUGAAUGAGAAGCUUGAUACACUAGAGCGUCGACUAGAACUGCUUGAAGUCCAAGUUAGUACUGCGACAGCCAACCCUUCUCUGUUUACUACCUGAUGUUUACUGGAUUGUGUCCUUGUUGAGAAAAUUAGCUCUACUGUAAACACCUCGUAUCUGUAUUUUGAAGAGGUUGCUUGGCUCUGGAAUCCAGUUUGAAAUUCUUGUAACCAUUUUUUUCAUGCUUUAUUUUUUGCCUUUUUAACUUUUUCUAUGGGGUACAUCUCCGAGUUCUUUUAUGUAACUGAUAUUUUCAUGUAAUAUAAUUGAGAAAUAUUGCUCUGGAUCUUCCAGCUAGCUUUUUGACCUUGUCA